AUGGCCCCUCCCGCCGCAGACGUCGAUAUCGCCACCCCUGUUCAGCCCCUGCCCCACUUUGAUACUACCAACGUGAUCGGCCGCGAGUACCCAACUCUCCAGCUCAGUGAAAUCCUUCAUGACGAUGACAAGAUUCGUGACCUUGCUAUCCUGGUCUCCCAGCGCGGUGUCUUGUUCUUCCGCAACCAAGAUUUGAGCAUUGAGGAUCAGAAGCUGCUUGGCCAGAGGCUGGGCGAACUCACUGGAAAGCCCGAGAGCUCCAAGCUCCAUCGCCACGCGCUCUCCAACAGCAAGCGCGGCAUUGCCGUUGAUGACAAGGGCAAACUCGAUGAUGAAGUUUCCGUCAUCUCCUCUGAGCAGAACCGCAAGUUCUACCAGGACCGUUACAGCGCCACCUCCAGGAAGCUCGCGAGCAAGGGAUGGCACGCGGACAUUACCUUUGAGCGUAUUCCCUCAGACUAUGCUAUCCUUAAGAUUAACCAGACCUCUGAGGAUGCUGGUGGCGAUACCCUCUGGGCCUCUGGCUACGAGGCUUACGACCGCUUGUCGCCGGCCCUUAAGCAGCUCGCGGACUCGCUCACCGCUACCCACUACCAGCCCAACUUCGUUAGGGUCAAGGAUAGCUUUGGCGAGGCUUUGAUUGAUGACUACCGUGGUGCUCCCGAGAACACUGGCCUCGACUUUAAGGCUUCCCACCCUGUCGUCCGAACCAACCCUGUCACCGGGUGGAAGAGUUUGUUCGCCGCCGGUCACCAGGUUGAGGCUGGCUGGAUCGAUGGUGUAAAUGAGCGUGAGAGCGAGAUCCUCAAGGACUACUUUACCCAACUUGUUGUUGAGAACCACGACCUUCAAGUUCGCUUCCGAUGGAACAAGGACGAUCUCGCGGUCUGGGACAACCGCUCCGUUUUCCACACCGCCACAGAUGACUACGCCGGAAAGCGACAGGGUAACAGAGUCGUAUCUCUCGGCGAGAAGCCGUACUUCGACCCUAACUCUAUCUCGCGCCGCGAAGCUCUCGCGAAGCAAGCGUAG